AUGCAGCAGCAAACGGCGGCCUUCGCUGAAUGUUCCCGAUUCACAUGUGAGCACCUUCAUGACAUUUUUAGUUGCAUCAUGGAGGACGAGCCGAACCCAAGGCUCACGCUGUACCAGCUCCUCCAACGCCUGGUCGGACGACCGCUCACAACUCAUGAUAUCGUCAUCACACACCAGACGUGGCAAGUCGGCAUCCAAGCAACGGUGACCCUGGUGUGCGCCGAGGGCAAGGAAGCCGCCAGUGAGCUGUGCCCCACGGCAAAGGAAGCCGAAGAAAAUGCUUGCCUUCAGGCACUCUUGAUUUACGGGGAUGAGAUACGCGAGCUCAUCGCCAAGCAGCCAGCACCGCCUCCACCGGGCAAGCGGAAAGGUACGCUGGUUUUGCCUCCGAACAAGCGUCAGGCGCUUGCGGAACCUUUGCGACCGCCUGCAAAGCUGUUAGUGGCCACGCCGAAGCCUGUUGCCCGACCUGCUGAUCCUGUGGAGCGGAAUGAGGAGAAUGGCGUAGCUGACGAGGCAGAUGUGCAUCAGACAGAUCCUCCUGAAGAAGAUGCUCCCGCUGAAGAAGCUGGUGCUCGCGAUGGCUUCACUGAGGAGGAGGUCUCAGCAUUGUCGGAAGCAACCGCGAAGUCGAAACCGCAACCUCCUGCAGGAGCUGCGCUCAUCCGGCUACCAGGGACGAGCCCACAGCCAGCAACGGACGUGUUCCGUGCCAUGCCCAAGCAGGACUUGAAUGCCCUUUGUGGCAAGAUCGCCAGAAAGGUGAUGAACAAAGGCGAAGUGGCUUACACCACACUGCAAGUAGUUGGCGGAUACCAGAGCACCGUCACGUUGAAGUGCUUUGACGGAGACUGGGCCGAUGCGGCUUUCGUUGGCCAAGUGCACCCGCAGAAGGUCGGUGCCGAGCAUUCGGCGGCCUCAGUCGCUUUGGCAGAGCUGUGUGCUGACGAGCAAAUGGUUUCCAGGGCGAAUGCCAAGCGAGAGAAGCCUCGGCCUGUAGGCAGAGGAAAAGGAUGGCAAAAUCAAGUUGUGGUCCCCAGAAGAGUGAGUCAGGUCCCGGCGGCGUUUCAAGUCGGCAGUGCCUUCAUCUGA